AUGGUCCGCCCUCGCGUUUUCUUUGAUAUCUCAAUCGACAACCAGCCCGUUGGAAGGAUCAUCCUCGAGCUGUUCAGUGAUACCGCACCCAAGACAUGCGAAAACUUUCGCGCACUGUGCACUGGCGAGAAAGGAUUGUCUCCGCUCUCGCAGAGACCGCUGUACUACAAGAACAGCAUCAUUCACCGGUCCAUCAAAGACUUCAUGAUUCAGGGCGGUGGUGAGUACUUCACGAAACGGAACGGCACUGGAGGAGAAUCUAUCUACGGCGGGACGUUUAACGACGAAGACCUUACGCGUCCGAUCGAUUCGGAAGGACUGCUAUGCAUGGCCAACAAAGGUCCCAAUACCAACGGCUCCCAGUUCUUCAUCACCCUCCGUGACUGCCCGCACUUGAACGGAAAACACGUCGUGUUCGGGCGUGUCAUUCGCGGGUACAAAGAAGUCAUCGAGAAGAUCGCCGAGGUCCCCGUCGAUGAAAAAGAUCGCCCGAAGGUCUCCGUCACGAUUGACAACUGCGGUGAGCUCGUGCUCCGCUCCAAAGUGAAAUCACAGGAGCCAGAAGGUACGCGGAUAUCAUUCUUUCAGCGAAUUCACAUAACAAGCGUAUCAUAG